AUGGGCACCUUAGAACCGUCACCUAAGGCAGGAAGAAAAGAUGCGACUAGUCCGCAGUUUUUGAACUUAGUGGCAUCGGCGGUGCUUGAAGACCGAUCACAAAGCAUUGUCGAGAGCUUCGUGCGGGAUAAUCGGUUUCGUAAAAAGACCAUCCCACUUAACUACGCAGAGGAUAAGGAAAGGAUUCGGACGUGUUUGAACAAUGCGGACAAACGAAUUGCGGAACUUAUGCGGGAUGGAUUGGAACUUAUCGAGGAUGUUCGCGUGGCCAGCGAUAGACACGAGGUUGAACGACGAGUCGCUGAGGCCGAUAUCAAGGAGAAUCUUCUAAGUAAAAUUCACGCUGAAUCGGUUGACUCCAUUACCAAAUUUCAAACAACCUAUGAGAAGUGGACCGAAAUCAAAGAGCUAAAAGAUCCAAUGAUGAUGAACGAUGAGCUACAGCUUCAGAAAAGCCGUGUCGAAGAACUUCUGAAGCAAAAAGACAUAAUUAUCACCGAGUGCCGCAAGGAGCUUCUUGCUGCUGACGACCGCUACGCCAGGGAUAUACGCAAACAAAUCGUUGACAUUCAGAGUCUCGUCCAUCGAGCCGAUACGGAAGUGGAAGCAAUGAAAAGCAUUCUGAAGGAGAAUCUUGAUCUUAUUCAAGGAACAGUUGAAGAGGAAAGGAUUGUGCUGCAGAAUGCUGCCAACUUUAAUUGGAACGAUGUGUACGCCAAGCGAGCCACCAACGAACGAUUAAAAGUUAAGCAGAAAAAAGAGCGGCUUAUCGCCAAUUUGACCGAAAUUGAACAAAUUGAGCUCGAUUAUGUUGAAACGACGCGCGCCACGAGGAUUAAGCUUGACAAAGACACCCAAGCAUUGGCGAUCGAGUUACAGAAAAUCAAAACGAACACAACGCUGAAUUCGGAAAAGCUAGACUACAGCUUCCAGGUGUUGAAGAAACGUGAGGACGAAAACCUGAUGGUUAAAAACGCCCAGAAGCGCCGGUUGGCAAAACUGCACGAAACAAUCUUUACUCUUCGAAACAAACUUAAAGACACAAAAACGGGAUACUACAUCGAGACCGAAAAGAUGGCCAAAGUGAUUGAGAAGCUUCAUCACAGCGUCGAACACAUUCACAGCAAGUUGGAAUGCUCCAAGAAGGCUUACGAUAAAAGGGUACGCUCCAUUUGGAACAUGAAUCGGGACGAAUGUUUCGAAAUCAUCAAAAACAUAUCGUCGAUAGAUAGGAUUCUCGUCGAGCAGCAUUUGAACCGAAAGUGGAUCAACAAUCUGAGUGCCAUUUCGGAACUGCUCCUAGAGUACGAUCCUUUGUGCACACCGAAGCUACCCGGCACGGCUAAAACAAAACGCAGUCUGACAAGCUCAAAAGAUGAACAACAGAACAAUUUUCCGAUGCUUGAAUCUCUACUACAACAGACCCGAUUCUUGAGCGACAAAAAGUUGGACACAACCUUACAAGGGCAGCAACUAAACAGCUGCGGGUUAACGUUGAUCUGUCUAGACAACGUACUAAAUGCACUUGGAAUCCACAGUAUGGAUGGCGUUCGUGGUUUGCAGUCCACCCAAUGGGUAGCUCAAAAUCUGGCCUGCGACGAAGAAGCCACGGACACGGCAGCAGGGGCCUCUGCGUCUGACGUAGAUAUUGAGGUGGAUAAUAAAGCCUUGACGACUUCCCGUGAUCUACUGGCACUGAAAAUGUACCAACAAGAAGACGAUGACACCAUUCACUCCGCAGGGGACUCCAAAUCGGAUGCGAAACCAACCCUAACCGACACGCGUAAAUUUUGGGAAUCGUUCAAAAACAUUUUCCUCCCGAACCAAAUCAAAGUGUGGAACACGAUGGAAGAAAGUCUGAGCAAGUAUCUUCAAGUCCUGCGUGAACGACAAGCUCUGGAUCAGGAGUGCAGUUUCUUGCGCAAGCAAAACCAGGAAUUGCAGCACAUAAUGCAGAAAAUGCUGAUCAAACCGCUAGGUGACGAUUUUUAAACUACGUCUU